AUGAGAAUGACACAGGGCCUAGUUUACCUGCUGUGUUGUGUUGUGUUAGCUGCUCACACUGCGGCACAAAAUACGAAUGCCUGCUACAGCAACGAAACAAACUGCCUCUCUGAAUUUAGGCAACUCCUGCGUGAUACUGAUAGGUUUUGGUUUGGAUCCUCAUUUGAAAGAAAUUGUCCCCCAAGUCUCCAGAACUCCAUGGAAUGCUCUAAUCCAAACACAACCCAGAAGUCGAUCUUGUCAAGGUUACUGGGGCUCAACGACACGGACCCGACAGUGAUGGAGAUCGCCCACAAUAUUUCUUUAGCCAACAUUACAUACACGGUCCCUGCAGGAAAUUACACAGCCUGCGGACAAGACUACGAUGUUCCAGCACUCAAUGGUCAUCUCGUCGACCCUCUAAUUGUUACUCGAGCCAGCCUGUGGUCACUUAGUUUCAGACCCGGUGUCACUUGGACCCCCAAGACGCAGGACAACCUUGCAAUUCUGGUUAUCUGGGACCCAGGCAACUUCUUUAACCAUGGGCUGUACAUCAACUGUGUGAAUGGCUCCAUAGACACAGGGGAGGUUGUGACGCCCUAUCUGGGACCCCUGAACCCACUCCUUAGAGUCAACACCUACAUAUUCGCUGUCUAUGAACAAACGAACCGCAUUGACAUCAAUGCUGCCAGGAGGUUCAUUCCGAGUCGAGGUUCAUGGCAGCCUGCCACGUUUAUUGCCAACUUUACAUCUCCGAACAACAGCUAUCCCACCCAUGCUGGGGUCUUGACAAUUUUGGCGGACCCAUACUCGAUACAGAAGAUCUAUGAUCGAUUCUACCUUGCUAACAACUGCCCCCGUCUGGUCUCACAGCUCGAUGCAUUCCACACUGUGAUUAGAGUCAGCAACCUGACAGUUCCUUGGAGCGACAACACAACGACCACGUCCUUGUACAACAACGGCACUUAUCUGACUAGCCUUACCACAAACAUCGAAGUCCGAUACUCCGCCGAUGACUUCAGUGUGGAAUCCUGCUGUUCCAACUACUCCCUGACGCGUGGGUCAACCCUUGUCAACCCGUUUAGCAGCCGUACUCUCAGACCUGGCAAUGUCAGGGUCAAACCGGUGGUUCAGUUGACGCCCAUGAAAAUUGGAACGUCGGAGGGAAUAGCAGGUGAUACAUACACGCUGUUUUUGGUAGACGUGGCUGCAGCCUUGGCCCCAGGAGCCCUGAAUCCCGUUUAUGUCACUCACUGGCUCGUUACCAAUAUCAGAAAUGCAGACGUCGUGAGAGGAGAUGAGGUGGCCCCUUACUUUGGCCCUAAUCCUUUCAGUCCCAACGAAAGUCGUCCCUACAUGUUUCUGCUGUUCCGGCAACCAGUGCCGAUGCUCAACAACACAGUCUUCUCCACGUUUUGCCCUAAUGGAACCCUGAGGUGUCGUACACAGCUGAAGCCUGUUCUUGAUGCCUGGAACCUGACAGAACUUGUUGGAGUCACCUGGUUCUUAGCUGAACAAGAUGCUUUCGCUAGAUAUCGACUCUACAGCCUCCUGAAUGUGGCCAAGGAUACCGCUUGCAAGGGUGUGCCCGGAUAUGCGGAUCCCUGCCCUCAAACCUGCCCAGGAAAAUCCAACAACGGAGCAUCCCAUAGGACGGGCUAUUUCUUCACUGUAUUCUUAUUUUUUGGACUUGUGAUUUAUUAUUAUAUUCUUAUUUAA